GAGCCAGCCCCUUCCCUUCUCUGACUCUAUCUCUUCUGUCCCUGUGUUUCUCUGUCUCUCUUUCUUUCUCAAUCCUUUUUGGAUUUUGCUUCUCACUUUUUUUUUUCUUUUUUUGUUUGGUUAUGGUGAUUUGCUUGCCCUCUGCCUCUUUGAUUUUUACUGCCAACACAUUCAACAAAUUUGCUUACGUUAAAAAAGUAGUCUUGGGGAGGAAAAAUUCAAGCUAACUCAUUUUUUAAAAGCACCUCUCUGUUUUAUUACUUUUUUUUUCAAGGUUAGUGGAACGAGAAAGAUGGGAUUCCAAUGUAAAAGGAAAGAAAAUAAAAAUCAAUAACAACUCAUUUUGGUGGUUUGAAUAAACAAGGAGUGAAGGAAAUCUGGGUGCAAGAAAUAUACGCUUGCUUUUAGUGGAAAGAGAACAGAGAAUCAAAAGGCUGUUCUAAUGGGAAUUUGCUGGGGUUCUCCAGCUCGUAAUCCAAUAACCCCUGGCACUACUGGUACUCUCAGUACAGGGAUAUCUCAGACAACAAGCCACACAGCGUCUUCAAGAACUUCUAGAGGUAGCAACAUCUCUAGGGACAGCCGGUUCUCUGUGAGCAGCAGCGAUGAGACCUUUCCGAAUGGGCAGAUUUUGCCCACUCCCAACUUGAGGAUAUUCAGUUUUUCAGAACUUAGAGCUGCAACAAAGCAUUUUAGGUCUGAUACAGUGCUUGGGGAAGGAGGGUUUGGAAAGGUGUUUAAAGGCUGGCUUGAUGAGAAGACUCCGGGAAAACAUGGGAGUGGGACUGUGAUUGCUGUCAAAAAAUUGAAUUCUGAGAGCUUGCAAGGUUUUGAGGAAUGGCAGUCAGAGAUACAUUUCUUGGGAAGGCUUUCUCAUCCUAACCUCGUAAAGCUACUGGGAUACUGCUGGGAGGAUAAAGACCUUCUCCUUGUUUAUGAAUUCAUGCAGAAGGGCAGCUUGGAAAACCAUCUAUUUCGAAAGGGCUCUUUUGCUCAGCCACUCCCAUGGGAUAUCAGGCUCAAGAUUGUGAUAGGAGCAGCUAAAGGCCUAGCUUUCUUGCACACUUCUGAAAAGCAAGUAAUUUACAGGGAUUUCAAAGCCUCAAAUAUCCUACUUGAUGGGGACUACAAUGCCAAGAUUUCAGACUUUGGACUGGCAAAAUUAGGUCCUUCAGCUAGUCAGUCACAUGUAACAACACGAGUUAUGGGCACACAUGGUUACGCUGCUCCUGAAUAUGUAGCCACAGGACACUUGUAUGUGAAGAGCGACGUCUAUGGUUUUGGUGUUGUUUUGGUUGAGAUAUUAACGGGCUUACGAGCACUUGAUCAGAAUCGUCCUAGUGGGCAACAAAAUUUGGUAGAAUGGAUCAAGCCACAUUUAGCUGAUAGGAGAAAGUUAACGAAGAUAAUGGAUUCUCGUUUAGAGGGAAAAUAUCCCUCAAAAUCUGUAUUUCGAAUAGCUCAACUUGCUCUAAAAUGUAUUGGACUUGAACCCAAACAACGUCCUUCAAUGAAAGAAGUUGUGGAGACACUAGAACGCAUUGAAGCUGCCAAGGAAAGACCGAUGGAGACAAGAACUCGUUCCAACCACUCUACAUCUCACCGACAUCGCCAACAAUCAUUUCAACAUCAAUCUCCUCAUCACCUGAGAAACGACGGGAGUCAAGCUCAUCACUCUCCACAAAGAAGACAGCAUUGAUGCAAUUGCUUCCAUUGAGUGCAAAUGGCUGCAUUUGGAUUGGUAAUCUUUUAUUAAACAUGUCCCGAUUGCUUCAUUAAUGUGAUUUCAUUUCAUUUCUUUUUCAAGCAUACGAUGAAGUCAAACUUAUGACUUAUGGAAGAUAUAUGACUAUAUAAGUAUUAUAUAUGUAAGAUUGUAAUUACAUGUGGUUGUGGUUAUUUUAACAGAGUAGUGUUAUAUACCA